AUGUUUAGUACGGAGAAGGCGGCCCUGGGGGCUGGCAGCGGCGGCGGCGGCGGUUCCAGAAGGAGCUCGGCCUCCCCGAGCGAAAGGGGCUCGGCGGCGAAGAACGACUGCAGCAGCCCCAGCUCAACGCCACCCGCGGAAUCGGUGCGGAUCGUCCGCGAAGAGCAGCGGCAGCCUCACCCAGAAACUGGCAAGGACCAUCCAGACUUGGCUACUGGCGACCUGACUCUCAAUGAUAUCAUAACCCGGAUGAAUGCUGGCCGAAGAGGCUCACUAGCAGCUUUAUUAGAUCUUACACUUCCAAAGAAAAGGGUGAAAGAUAAAGAGGAGAGGAAGAAAAAGAAACUGAAAGUGCCAAAAAUGGAGCCAGAUGAUUUGGCUGAGUCAUCAGGAGCGGAGGGACCUAUUGCAGCACCUCCAGAGCAGCAGGUGACACCUAAACCAGUCUCUGUUCCUGAACAGACACUUGAUAGAGUGAAGCUGACAACAGUUCCUGGAAUCACGGCUUGCUUCUUCACUCUGCUGCAGGACAUCUUACUGGCAGAGGGAGAGGCGAGUAUGUCCUGGAUUGAGGAGAAAGUGCUUGAUUGGCAGAUCUCUGCUCACAGUGCAUUAAACUCCUGGUUCCCAGAUGCCUCAAACUGGUCAGAACUUGUCCAUUCUGCUCUACGUUUCCUUUCUGGGGAAGGUGCGCGUGGGGUUGCCGCUCUUCCCUCCAAUUUUACUCCAUAUGUAAAUUGCAGAGAACGAGGCCAGCACUGGAAAUGGAUUGGUUCUGGACGUGACUCGGAGAAGGAAAUGACUUUGUUGUGUCAGCUGUGGUUUGAGGUUAAGGAUCAGGCAUUUCCCAAGGAAUCUGAUGAGCUUCAAGACAUCACGCCCCCAACCCCCAGGGUACGGACAGACUACGUUGUGAGACCCAGCACUGGAGAUGAAAAGCGCGUGUUUCAGGAACAGGAGCGCCAACGAUACAGCCAGCCCCACAAGGCCUUCACCUUUCGUAUGCAUGGUUUUGACUCGGUUGUAGGCCCUGUGAAAGGAGUGUUUGAUAAGGACCCUUCACUCAAUAAGGCACGAGAACAUUCACUGCUGCGAUCAGACAGGCCAGCCUACGUCACCAUCCUGUCAUUGGUGCGAGAUGCAGCCGCUCGUCUUCCAAAUGGAGAAGGGACGCGUGCGGAGAUCUGUGAGUUGCUCAAGGACUCUCAGUUUCUGGCUCCUGAGGUCACCAAUGCCCAGAUUAAUACCGUUGUGAGUGGAGCGUUGGACAGGCUACAUUAUGAGAAGGAUCCAUGUGUGAAAUAUGAUAUUGGGCGGAAGUUAUGGAUCUACCUGCACCGGAACCGGAGUGAAGAGGAGUUUGAACGCAUUCACCAAGCCCAGGCUGCAGCAGCGAAAGCCAAGAAAGCUUUGCAACAGAAACCCAAGCUGACAACAAAGAUCAAGUCCUCUUGUAAGGAGAGUACAACAAAGCUUCCCCUCUCUGAGCAGUCUCUGGGGCCUCAGGUGUUGACAGACUCCAGCUUGCCCCACACACCUGUGACGCCAGUAACCCCCACACUGCCUGCUACACCCACGUCACCACCAGCAGCCGUAGAUGGCAAUAAAGUUCCAACAACCAGUGCACCAGAACUGGUCAAAUCUGGUCAAAGUGUUUUGUUGAUGUCCUCACCUUCAAUGCCACAGCUUGGGAACCUGCUGUCUGGCUCACAACCAGGACUUCAUGCUGGACCACAGACUCAAGGCCAGAUGCUACCUCACUCAGUGGCUGCCACUGUUCCCCAGGUGCGGGUAGUCACUGCUCAGCAUGGCUUAGCUUCUAGUGCACACCCGGCUUCUGUGGUGCAACAAGUGCAACAGCACCAACAUCAGAUCCGGCUCCCCACUGUCACGGCAUCUGCUCACAGUAAAGUGCUUCCUCAGUCUAUUCUGACAGUGCCAGUGAAGGCUCAGUCUGGUGUCAGUACUGUUCACAUCCAGCAGAGUUCUACUAAAGCAAAUCUAACAAUGGCUGGGAUCAGCACGGCUUCCAAAACAGUGUCCAGCACACUCAACAGCGCUGCAUCAAGCUCUGCCACCAGCAUCUUACAGAACGUGGCAGGACAAAGCAUCAUGAGGCAGGUUGCCAUUGCAGGCCAGCUUGGGGUGAAGGCACAGUCUAGUACUGGAAUCCCAUUGACAGCCACCAACAUCCGGAUUCAGGGGAAAGAUGUUCUGCGGCUGGCCCCAUCCUCUAUCACCACUGACUCCAAAGGCCAGACGGUGCUCCGCAUCACACAGGAUAUGAUGGCCACCCUGACUAAGGCACCAGUCACCACUGUCAAACUCACUCCAGACAUGCUCGGGACCAAGGGCAUUUCAGCCACUCUACACGUCACACCAGCCAUGCAGUCUACGGACACCCUGGUGAAGGCAUCCACCUGCACAAGUGCACCCACUACCUCCACGGUUGUAAAGGUCACACCAGACUUGAAAGUAACAGAUGCAACGAGUGCCGCCAUCCGGUUGAUGCCGGCGCUGGCUGUAACGGUAGCUGACCAGAUGAGUAAAGCGUGUGCCCCCCUCUCCUCGACUGACACCAAGCCUGCAGCCACCAUUCGCAUCAUGCCUGGCCUCGGGGUCAUUCCCAAACCCGGGCAGGCCAUUGCCGUGGCAACUUCCAGCAAACCAUUCACGGCUGCGGGUACGAUAACCUCAGCUGCAGUUACACUGACGACAGUAAGCUCAGCCGGGUCAAAGGCAAUCACCAAGGUAACACCAACAGCUGGGCUACCAAUCUCGAUUGGAACAGGUACAGCUACAGUCAGGCAGGUUCCUGUCAGUGCAACCAUGGUGUCUACAACACAGGCGACCAAGCUGCCUGCGACCAUCACCGUGCCUUUAUCAGUCCUGAACCAACCUCUCAAAGGAAAAGGGGUGAUGGCAGGACCAAUAAUCAAGGGCAACCUUGGGGCAAAUAUCAGUGGACUUGGAAGAAAUAUUAUUCUCACGACAAUGCCUGCGGGGACAAAACUGAUCGCUGGGAGCAAACCUGUCAGCUUCGUUACAGCCCAGCAAUUGCAGCAGCUCCAACAACAGGGACAGGCCACCCAGGUCAGGAUCCAACACCUUCCAUCUCAACAGCUUCACCAAGGAACAUCGAUCAGCUCCGGCAAGCCCAUCUCUACAGUGGUCGUAACCACUGCACCGUCAGUGAAACAGCCACAGGACUAGUGUAUACUGUCUCAGACAUAGACCGUGCCAUUGUAUUUAUUAUCUUUACCUUCCGCUGUGGGCUCAUCACCUCACACAUCAUGGCUCAGUGCUGAGUGAUGGGAGCCGUACCCCUUCUGUUCUAUCAUGUCGACACAAAUUGUAUUGUGCUUCAACCCCUAAAAAUAAUCCUGAGAUAUACCUAUACAGUAUAUCCAAUAAAGAGUCUCAGUAAUGAGCAUGUUCUCGUUUGAAUCCUUUCUGGCUGACAGGGCGACAGUUGGUGAAGAGGUUGAUGCCUCAUUACAGAAAGCAGAAGGUGCCAGUCUGUGCCCGGCACACUGCUCUGUUGGGCUUGUAAUAAUCCUUCAUGUCCCUGGCCAAGGGUUCCUCCUGCUUAAUGGCGAACCUCUGCUGUUUUGAAGACAAACUGUAUUAAACAAUCAUGAUGAGUUGGUUCCAUAUGAUGGGUCCUUCUGUGGAAUAUCUGAGAUUCUCUGCGUAUAAUGCUGUGUAUCAAAUCAUGUUUGUGUUGCUUUACAAUGGUAGAGUGUGCUUAUGAUGCUGAAUAUAUAGGUGUCUAAGGUGCUGUGUGUAAAGGACUUAUUUCAUAGUUCUCUAACUAAUAAGUGUGUUGUGCUGUCUACAAUAUUUUUAUGCUGCAGUAAAUGUGCUCUUUAUUACACUGCAUUUAAGUUACUGUAUAUGUAAUAUUGUUUUAAAUGCAGUUUAUAAACUUUGUGUGUAUAUAGUGCUACUUAGUGUGCUGGAUACACAGUAGUAUUCACUGCACAACAAUUUGGUGACAUCCAGUAUAAAUUGACUUCUACAAUUUGGGUAUCCCUGCUGUCACAGGAGAUUUCAGUUUGCUGGCAGUGAGCGACAAGGAACAGGAGCAGGAGUGGACUUUUGCCUCUGCCAGGAUGCUCUGCUUCAGUAAGGCGCUGGCUUAUCUAAACUCUACCUUCCCAACCUAUUCCCAUGUCUCUGAAUUCCCUUGGUAUCCGAAGAUGCGUUGUCCUCCACACAUUUUCAGUGACUAAGCGUCCACGGUCUUCUGUGUGUGUGAGAGAGAGAGAGAAUUCGAAAGAUCCACAGUGUGGAUCUGAGUGAAGCAAUUUCUCCAUAUCCUAAGUUCUCAUCAUUAUCCAGAGAUUCUGAUUUCUCAAUUCUAGACAGAGCCAAGGGAAAUACCUUAAUAUAUGUCCUAUCCAUUUUACAAACUUUAUUUCAAUCAGAUCACUCUCUAAGCCAUGUCCAUACAAUCCAAAUAAUGUGAGGAGCCUUUUCUUUAAGUCAUUAAAAAGUGACGUCAGAAGAGUUACCAUGUGUGCAGCCCGUGCAAGACGGACACACACAUUAAAAUGUAAUGAUCAUGUGAUUACACUUAGAUAAUCAACAGUUAGAUAAACAGACAAAAUCAUGUCAAAAAUAAAUUCUAAGCAAUGAAGAGAAACAUUGUGUGAAUAUCUUGGGUGUCAAGAUGGUAUAUUUUAUCAAAGACACUGUUAAUGUAAGAUUCUAAAAAUUAGUUAUUAAUUAUCCUCAGCUUUAUUAAUAAAAUUAAUGGAAGAGUACUUUCUAGAUCAUUGGUGCACAGUGUUUUUUUGUGAGGAGUACCAAGUUUACAACUCAUACCACAUGCAAAGGGCACCCGGAUAUUACUUUAGUUUGACUAGAUCAGAUACUGGUAUUCUUAGUCAUGUUUAAGAAUACAGACUGGCAUGGUUCUUGCUGUUCCCUCCACUGACACUCACUGGUGCAGCCACCGCUGCCCAUUGCUGCUCUGCUCAUCACAUCCCCACUCCUCUCGCCAGCCUGUCAAUGAGCCUAGCCUUUCCUGUAAAUCACAAACUGCCUGAGGAACUUGGUGGGUCAGGCAGCAUCUAUGGAUACAGAGUGCCAGUUGACAUCUCGUGUCAAAGCCCUGCAUCAGGACUGAGAGUGUCAAAGGGGUAUAGCCAGUUUAAAUAGGUGGGGGGGGGAGCAGGUGACGGGAGCCCAGUGAGGAGUGGGAAACUGCAGAGGAUAGAGCCGGGGAGGGGAGAGUGGUGAUUGUGACAGAUUGGGAGGUGAUGUGGACAAAACAAAGGGCUGAGAUUGUGGAAUCGGAUUGGUAAAGGAGGAGAUACUGGAGAAAUGAGGGGCAAAUGGACCAGUGGGGGAGGGGGGAAGAAACUGAAUGAUGAUGGCUGGGGGCAGGAUGGAAAGAAGGAGGUGGAGAAAAUUUGGGCAAAUGAGAGAGAUAGGGUUGUGUGGGCUACCUGAAGCUGAAAAAUUGUAUGUUCCUGCCAUUGGGCCGCAGACAACCCAGACAGAAUAUCAGCUCUGCUCUUCUAGUUUGUAUUUAGCCUCACCCUGGCAGUGGAGGAGGCCGCAGGCAGACAGAUUGGUGUGGAAAUGGGAGGGGAGUUAAGAUGGCUAACAGCUGGGAGCUCUGGCCUUCUCCAAACAAGAACAGCACCUGGUAGUCUACCACCCAAUGGCAUGACUGUUGCAACAUGGUCUCUGUGUUCCUUUCUCUCUUCUUAUCCAUCCAAGGUUUUCUUCCACCCAACCCCCUUCCCUAUCACCUCAUUUCUUACCUUUCCCCUUCUUGGUUUUGUGUGUUCUGCAAGUUUUUACAAGUUCCUGCAACUUUCUUUGAUCUUUGCAGUAGCCCU